UUAUUUUUACUGCAUGAGGUAAUUAAACUGCAGUAUGAUUACAGCCUAUGAUCACAAUAAUCAGUGGGUUAGAUUACAGCUGUCCUAAAAUAAUCUGUUUUUAAAGAGAGCUUCCCUAGAAAUAUACAUCAAAGUUAAACAAAAUAUAUUUAUACGUAUAUUAAUUUAAAGCUGCAUUUAGCCAUGUUUGAUCAAUAUAAGUCUCCAAAAGAAUCAGACAGAUGACAGAUAGCUGCCUAUUUACAUAUCCAGCAGACACAGAGCAACAUAAUCUUUCCAUCUGAGUCGUGGUUGUGUCCACAUGAUGAAUGUAAGUCCAACAUUUACUCUCGGUUUAGCUCGGGUUUGGUCUCCACCCCUUGAGAAACAUAUGUCACUAACUUUGUCUGUCUGUUGUUUGGGUCUGAGCAGGAGGGGUUCAAUGGAUUAACCAGAGCUUGUUUGCUGUUUCUGGAAAGCACUAAGCCUGACAGUAAAUGUCCCAAAAAAACAAAACUAGGAGCUGAAAGUGGCUAAAAUGACAGCUUUCAAAGCAAAUCUCAAAAAACUGCCUCAGACUUUCUCUUUUUCUGUGAUCAAAUGUCCCCCCACAGCCACCAUGAGUGUCCUGCCAUGCAGUUUCCUCGUCCUCCUCCUCCUCUGCCUCCCUGUCCUCGCUGAAGCCAAACGUCAACCUGGUCAGGGGAAACCCGACAAACCCCGCCAGCCUCCGCCAUCGCCUCAACCGGCCAAGAGACCCAGAAAUCGCUCUGUGCCGGGCUCCGGAGAGCUGACCACGAAGGAGGGACAUCGCUGCAUCUGGCAGACAUCUGGUGAAGGCCUGGUGAGCCUGAUGGUGAACUGCAGCACUGAAACAUUGGGAGAGCAGCAGAGGUACUGGUGUCGCUACGCUGGCAAGCCAGACCUCUGCCAGGCCUACGGGUUGAAGUCCAGUCAGUACUGGAAGCAGCUGGUGGGAAAGCUGAAGAAGAGGCAGAAUGCCUGCGAAGGAGAGAAAGUCCUGAAGGCUAAAACUUGCAAGAAGUCGCCCACCGAGGCCCACAUGAAGCUCGCCCAACGCAGCGGAGAGGAGGAGAGGAAGGGAGGGAAGGAAGGAGGGAAGAAGAGAGGACCGCCGACUGGUAAGAGCUCAGAGGGAGGGAAGGCAGAGAGGAUGAAGAAGAAGGAGGAGGAGGACGAAGAGGAGAAGAAGAAGAGGGAGGAGAGGACUGGGUUUGAGGAGGAAGGAGUGUUGAAUGACAUGGAUCCGGUGCAGAAUUACUGCAGCGAGGGAUGGAACUCCGUCUGCUCCUUCUUUGUCAAGUUUUUUGAGGGCUGAUGGGGAAUUUCGAAGGAGACGCGAGUCUCAGUUUGAGGAGAUGAUGGCGCGAGUUCACAAUCUGGAAACAAUCUAAAAAAAAAAAGAAGUUUUGUUAAUUGCAUUUGUAAAAAUCUUUUGUCUUUGAUGCCGAGCUGUGAUUAUUUAAAACAACAAAUAUGAAUCAUUAAACCAUUAUGAGAAAUUCCUUUUGUGCUUUUAAAUUAUGGAAACUUUUUUACUUCGGUCAUUAAACAAAAAACUGUGGUGCUUUUUAUGAGGCUCCUUUUUAUAAAUGUUGCCUCCUGGCAUCUGAUUUGCAGCUUUGUAGCAGAAUGAUUGUUACAAAUUGGAAUGAAUUAUAUAAAAACCAUUAAAAUCAAACCUAUAAAUAGCGAAUGAAAGCUGCAAUCCAUUAAAAAACGUCCCUCCGAGUCAUCAGAAACUGCACAGUGAAAUGAAGGAGUCCCAUUAUAACUGAGCUCUGUUUAGCUUUUUAUGUUAUUUCACUGAAAGUUUGCUGUAGUUUUGUUUUAUUUUGAAAUGUUAAAAUCAGAUGAAACUAAACAGUUGAGCCGUAUAAAUCAUGUAUGUUUGGAAUUAUCUAACAAAUAAAAAAAUGAUGUUUUGAUGGACAACAAUCAGUCAGUGAUUAUAGUAGUGAUUAAACUGUAACUUUUGGAAAUAGAAGUGUGUGUGUUUUUUUUUAUCCUUAUUUUUGUGAUGUGAAACUAAUAUUUUCUAUAAUCUCUGUGUAACUGUUUUAUAAAAACAAUCUGGUUUCUGUUCGAUCUGACUCGCAGCAGUUAAA